AUGUCGCGGGGCAGUGGGGCAGGUUUCGACCGGCACAUCACCAUCUUCAGUCCCGAGGGUAGACUGUAUCAAGUUGAGUAUGCCUUCAAGGCAGCAAAGUCUGGUGCUCUCACCAGCAUCUCCAUCCGAGGUGCUGAUAGCGCAGUGGUGGCCACCCAGAAGAAGGUCCCGAAGGCGCGAUCCGAGGCCGCCGAGUUCAGGUUCAAGUAUGGCUACGAGAUGCCCGUGGACUUCCUGGCCAGGGUCCUGGCCGACCAGGCCCAGGUCUACACCCAGCACGCCUACAUGCGGCCCCUGGGUGUCAUCUCCACACUCGUGGGCAUCGACGAGGAACGCGGGCCGCAGCUGUUCAAGGUUGACCCGGCCGGGUACUUUGUCGGGUACAGGGCCACGGCCACCGGCCCCAAGGAGCAGGAAGCCAUCAACUACCUGGAGAAGAAGAUCCGCCCGGACUUGAGCCUGAGCGCGGACGACACGGUGCAGAUGGCCAUCUCCGCCCUCCAGAAUGUGCUGGCCGAGGACCUGAAGGCCACGGAUCUGGAGGUGGGCAUCGCCGAGACCAGCAACGGCGGCCUGUUCAGAGUCCUGACGAACGCCGAGGUGGAGGAGCACAUCGUGGCCAUCAGCGAGCGCGACUGA